GGUGGAGCCGCGCCCUGAAGACCAUCUAUUCCUUACAACCAUCAUUGCAGCAAAUAUUGCCUCUCUUUCGUUCCCCCCUUCCACUCCAUAUCAUCCUUUACACUAUUGCCAUCGUUGACGACCGACCGACUUCCCUAAUUCCCCUUUCCGCCUUCCACAAUGGCAAACUACCUUCCCGUUCUGAUGCACUCAGUCACUGCACACCUCGCCCCCGAUGACUCGUCGUUGGAAACUCUGCCGAGAGGUCAGGUCGACUAUCUCAGUCAUGAUUGGAGGGAAGAGGACGUUUGGCGGUCAUGGCGGAACAUGACGAGACAGAAAAACGAGAUUACGAAUGGCAUGCGGUUAGAGAACGCUAGUUGGAGGACCUGGUGGAAACAGAGAAAUAACCUCCAGACUGUUAAUCCAGAAACUCUUAACUGGCUUAAGGACUCAGAUGUCACCUGGCUCUACGGUCCUUUGCAUACUGCAGUCGAGUGGACGCCACCCCCAAAGCCCACUCCAGACGUCACUGAACGACAGCCAGCCUCAGCUCAGGACCGUUUAGAUUUGUCUUUACCGAAACAAAAGUCGAUCCUCAAGUAUCGGACGAUAAGUGAGCUGUUAACGAGCGAGCUCCCCUCCAGCCCUCCAUACAGCCCUUCUGAGAGCGAUGGGGAGGCCGAUGCGGUCGGUUCAAACGAUCAACGGAGACCAAGUCUUCCCCACACCAGAUCUGAUACUCACAUCACCCGGUGGGGACCUGACCGAACAUUUCGUAAAGACUCUCCUCCUCGCGUAGAACCACCAGGUAGUGCAGGUGCCAGUACACCAAACUCUGACACGGUGGCGAACUCGACGCAACCCACUCCUACUCGCAUCAGCAGCUCUUCGAAUCUCACGAGUUACUUCAGCUCGCAUUUACCUGGGCACCAAUCGCAUAACACUUCGCAAACUUCGUCAUCCACUUCCAACUCAGCUUCCGCCUCACCCCGUGGUGCCUCUAGCGAACUCUCUGCUGCUCCUGCCCCGAAGAAGAAACAUAUCACAUUUAACACAUUUGUCGAACAAUGCAUCGCUAUCGAUAAACCCAAGGGGGUCAUUAUACUCGGAAAUGGAAGUGGAAAGGGACCUGGAAAGGGGAUGAAUGGCUCCAUUGAGGAUACUGAUGAAGAGGCAGAGGAACACGAUGACGGAUACGAUGAAGAUGUAGAGGGUGGCGAUGAUUUUGAUCCUGAUUGGGGUUUGAACGAGUGCGCAAUCACUGACUCAGACUCAGAGUACGAAGAGGAUGUCUUCAUUCAGGACAAUGAUGACGAUGAAGAUGAGGACGAGGGAGACUCCGACAAUGACGGCGUCAUCGAGAUGCGUGCCUCUAGAAAGACGAAUCAAGACAAGGUGGAUUCGAGAAAGGUGUCACAGCGAUCGAAAUCAAAGGCAUCCACAUCUUCUUCUUCCUCUGCGGAUUCUGCCUCGUCUCCUACAUCAAACAGUCUGAAGAUACGGAGAUCCUCUAUACCCACUAUCCCCCGACGGAGAAGGUCAGGCACCCUCCGGACUAGCGACAUUGCCACCGCUCGACCCUCUUUCAAUCACGGCCCGCGCAGAAACACAAGUACUUCGUCCGAUCAGAUGGUGACUAUCGCCCCCAUACCUCCGACCAUGCUCAAAACUGGUGGAUCAAAUAGCUUCGCCUAUCCGGCUCACUAUCCAGCUUGGGAUGGGUUUGGUGUGCACCCGGACACUAGUUCUCGUUAUGGCGGAUGGAUGGAUAGUUUUGGGGAUGAUGCACUCAGCGAAGAUGGUGGGUUUGGUGCGCCCAUGGGGAGGUAUAGCGGCUAUAGCGGUUGGAGGAGUAGCGGCAGCGAAAGUCCAGGAACACCGGUUGAGCUGGUCUACAUGCCCCUCAACGGGAGGUACGGAGCGACCUAUAGUAGUAGAGGUGAAAGUAGGGUUAGUCCGAGUGUCAACAGCGAAGAGGCGGAGGUUGAGUUGAUGGAGGAGGCAGGAGAGGCGAGGCGGUUAGGCCGGGAAGAGCAUGAGGAGCACGUGCAGACGAGCGAACGUCAGCCUGCCUCUACUUCCCAGCAGAAACCAGGUCAACCGUCGCGAUCACAAGAAGACGACAGCGUUAGCAAAGGAGAAGGGCAAGUCCAUCAUCAUCAAGAAGCUGUUUUCUCGACUGUGAAUAGCAACAGCUCGAAGUCUCAUGAGCGAGAGAAAAAGUCCAAAAGAAGACCCAUAUCUGUCGGGGAGACGCCGACUGGACUUGUUCCGUCCGUAUCUAUCGUUGUGCGCACUCCGCCGGUUGUCCAGAGGCCUCGGAGAAAUUCAGAUGAUGAGGAAGAGGAUGCGUACGACUAUUUUGGCGGCCCAGAUUUAGGCGGGGAUUAUGCCACACAGCGGACGGCAAGAAGGCACCCAAAGGGUGGCAGCCGUUCUUCAUCUAAACCUGACGAUGUACGGAAAUCCCGCUCACGUUCGAGGUCGAAAUCAAGGACACCUUCUCCUCAGCCUACCACGCCGGCUAUAGCAGUUCCAGGUCGGAAUUACUCUUCUUCUUCUUCAGCUCUUCUAUCACCUCCGUUACGAGGUCGCGGCUCAGUACAUCAUCAGAGCAGCCUAUCACCUGAUUCUUCGUCCAGAGGACGUUCGUCAACGAGGACGUCAUCCUCUUCGAUGUCAGAUCGAGAACGACCACGAUCUCGUUCAAAUCAUAGCUCACCGAUUGGUAGCUUAUCACCGGACGGAAGCGCUAUUGGGCUGAAUUAUGGGGUCUAUGCCAAUGGGAGAAUCGGAGACCGGGAACGAGAGAGGGAAAGAGACAGAGAGCGGGCUCACCGUAUAGGCGGGCGAGGUCGAGAACGCACAGAGAGGAGAUUGACCCAUAGCUUGAGUCCGGAUAGCGUCGAAGGAGCGACAUCUGCAGCCGCGUCCUUACCUUCAUCCUCUGCGUUGAAUAUCAUCAACAGUCCUUCUUUUCAGUCCUCGGAAACAACUGAGGGCACGUCGUCAACAUCGAGUUCGCAGACCAUUUUACCUCCAUCUCCUCCCUCUUUGUCACCGAGAGCUGGUUCUCGCACUCUGGACUCCGAAUCAAUUCCGAUUGUUCCUAUGAAUUCCCCAGUGAUCAGUUUUGGUGGUGCCACUAUUGCCGUUGGGAUGGAUCAGAACGGCGACAGGCAUGGGCGUACAAGUAAGGGCAAGCUAAGGACACCCCCGCUGGAUGUAACCCAACCUCAUAUAUCCUCACCCAAGACGUCAUUCUCAGUAGACCCUUCGGCAGGUCUGACGUCCAAAUUGACGUCGAAUUUGACGAAUGACAGUGUCCUUCCAGACGGAUCUUUGAACCAACACGUUAUCAAGAAAUCAGAAUCAUCACCCAUGUUCCGUGAUGAUGACGCGGGUAAGGGUACCCGAGGUCAAGCCACCACGACCUCGGACGACUCGUCGGUUGUCGGGAAGGCGGUUGGUAAUAUCAUGUCCUCCGCUCGAGCAUACCUGGGCUUGUGGAAUAGCGGUGAGAAGGAGAAGGACGACAGCUAAUUUUGAGGUGAUUAUGGUUCGUUUCGGAGAAUACCUUGCUUCAAAGUUAUACCCUUGCGCUCGAUUUCAUGUUCGUGCGCGUAACAAUUCGUCUCCUUGCUUUGGUCUCUUUUUUUUUUUUUCUCGCAUCGAGUUACUUUAAGUUUAAAGGUAUUUUUUUCGUCUCGGCAUCCUUCAUCAUCUUCAAGGACUUUCUGUUGCAUUAAUGACCUCACACUACAAACCUCUGUGCAAUUUUUGACGUUCAAUUCUUGAAUCAUUCUCUAUCUCCCUUUGCAGAUUCUGAGACUCUUUCAAUAUUCAAUCAUGCCCCUCACAGUCUUAUCACCUCGUUUGUUUCCUCUCUUACGAAGCAUUGAUCAUGUUCUCGACUGCGACCACGAAUGUAAACCCUACAUGCAACUGUACAUUUACAUGUGCUGAAUUAAUGCUUAAUUAUCUUUUCUCCAUCUAACAUUUGGUACCUUAAAUGCAAUAUUUAGCUCAAG